AACUUUCCUCACUAAGAGGAGAAAAACACCCAGCCUGUAAUGUUGGCUGCCCUAAAGUGAAAUAAAGUUGCACACGGACAAAACAAGAUUAUACCAACUUUUUAAAACGCCCAUUUAUCUCUGAGAGUAAAUGGUGGUUCACUGUUCUGAGUACUCCAAUUAUUAGAGUAGCAGGAUUAUACUCUCUCUUCUUCUCGGAAUAAUAUAAUUUUUUUUUUUUUGCUCUGUCCGUGCUCUCGAAGAUAAAGGGCAAGUUCAAUACGAGUCUGAAUUGGCGAGGGGCAAAACCUCUUUCCCCCGUUAGGGUUUGUCAGUGCGAUGCUAAAAACGGUCCUUUGGUGGACUUGUGUGUAAUUGAUUCUCUGACGCUGACAACACUUAGGAAAAUGAAGGUAUAAAUGAUGCGAGUACCACGCAGGCGCUGAAGCAAACGGCGAGCCCGAGGCCCGUGGAACUGGAGCCGCGUCUUCUGGCAGAGGGAGACCUGCCACAUCGGAGGUGCCACCACAGGGGUGAAGGAUGCUGCUCUGGGUGUUCUUCCUCGUCACCCUCACCCUCAGCAGCGGCUCCCUCAGCUCCCUGCCGUCCCAGCCCCUCAGGAUGCCGCGGUAUGCAGAUGCCAUCUUCACCAACAGCUACCGGAAGGUGCUGGGCCAGCUCUCUGCCCGAAAGCUCCUCCAGGACAUCAUGAGCAGGCAGCAGGGGGAGAGAAACCAGGAGCAAGGAGCAAGGGUACGGCUUGGCCGUCAGGUGGACAGCAUGUGGGCAGACCAAAAGCAGAUGGCAUUGGAGAGCAUCCUGGCGACCCUGCUGCAAGAGCACAGGAAUUCCCAAGGAUGAAGAUUCUGCCUGUGUUUUCUGCUACCUGCAGCUGAGACAAAACUGCAUCCAGUUAAAGCUAUUUAAUUUCUGACCUGCUUUUUCCUUUAUAAAUACAAUAAAAUUCCCCCAUACUGGUCUGCAUUUCAAUUUCCUUUUAUCUUCAGCCUAUUUUUUUACAUGCUUUACAUAGUUACAUUUCCAAAAAUGGUAUCACAAGAUAAAAAAAAAAAAAAAAAAAAAAAAAAAGCUAACAUUUACCAAACACUCAGAGACCCAGGCCAGGCAGCUUCACAUGUACAGUCUCACGUGCUGCUCACACAGCCUAAUGGGAGGUGUCAGCACCCUUCUCGUCACUGAUACGGAACUGAGGCACAGAAGGGUGAACAGAAUUGCCAUGGUCACAACUGACAAGGAGAGAGUUGGGAUUCAAACCCAUGUGGUCCAGCCCAGAACUGGGCUCUUAAACACAUUCAUCCACUCUGGGUAAAGUCAUCCUUGAUCCACUGGUGACGUAGGAGCGAUACCAUUUAGUCAAUUCAACAAAUACCUACAAAGCUAUGGGCCAAGAACUGUUCUAGACCCUGGGAAUACAGUCGUGAGUAAAACAAAGCCUCUAACCUCAAACAGCUUAUGUUCUAACAGGGGAAAGAAUGAAAACAAAUACAGAAGAUGUAAGAUGGUGGUGACUGCAAAGGGAAAAAAAUUAAGGGGAUGACGAGUGCUGGAGGGCAUUAUUAUUUUUUAAAAUAUUUUUAUCUUA